UUUCUUUUGCGGCACAAGACUUCAGCGAGAACUUAUCGUUUUGUGUCGUCAAAGUCGUUGCGUGGCUCAGUUACUUUCUUUGAUAAGUAAUGAAUCCAUUGACAAAUGUCCGCAACAUCCAGAAGUUGAACCAGACUGAGCUUCAACUUGGUACUGUUGGCAAGAAAUCAUGGCAUGACCAGUAUAAGGAUAGUGCAUGGCUCUUUAUUGGUGGACUUCCCUACGAGCUCACAGAGGGAGACAUAAUCUGUGUCUUCUCCCAGUAUGGAGAAAUUGUCAACAUAAACCUGGUGCGAGACAAGGGAACCGGCAAGUCCAAGGGCUAUGGCUUCCUCUGUUACGAGGAUCAGCGCAGCACCGUACUGGCUGUAGACAACCUCAACAGCAUUAAGCUCCUGGGGCGUGUCAUUCGUGUGGACCACGUUGAGAACUACAAGAUCCCAAAAGAACAUGGAGAUGAGGAUGAAGUCACAAAGAGGCUGAGGGAAGAGGGAUGUGCCCCAAAGAUCCAGCCAUCAUCAUCAUCGGAAGAGGAACCAGUUGUUGUUAAGAAAGCCAAGAAAGGUAGCCUGAAUUUAUUACCAAGCUAUGUUCAUCUGUGAUGAAAUUAUUGAGAA